AGCAUGCGCAGUUGUACUGUUUGAUCACUUCCUAGCUUGCUUCUCUCGGCUUCCUCUUCUCCCGGUCAAAAUCUUUGCUAUUUCAAAGACAAACAGACUAGCUAUAUUUUUCUGAAUAUUCUCUUCACUGAUGAAGAAUGGCGGGUAGUUUUGGAAAGAUCAUCGUUGGUGUGUAUGUUGAAAUAAAGAGAAGCGAUGGACGAAUACACCAAGCCAUGGUCACGUCGUUGAAUGAAGACAAUGAGAGCGUCACCGUGGAGUGGAUAGAAAAUGGAGACACAAAAGGGAAAGAGAUUGACUUGGAGAGUAUAUUUGCACUAAACCCAGACGUGGCCCCAGAAGAGGAGACUGCCCCCAGCCCAGAGACCCCGCCUCCACCAACGCCAACCUCUGUGAAGGUCAACAAGAUCCCCAAGAACCGCCGAACAAUAGCACCCGCUAAGAAUGACACUCCGUCCAGGGAUAACAGAGUGGUGUCGACCAGGGCCAGACCAGCUCAGCCCCAGCAGCUAGAGCCUGCUCCCCCUCCCCCCAUCCAGCAGCCAGCCCAGCCCACCCAGGCCCAGACAGCCCAACAGUUAGCCAACGAAGCGUCAAUGCAUCAGCUAACAAGAAAGGAGUUUGGACAGCUUUCGAGGAGGAAGUCCAACUGCGUGAAGGAAGUGGAGAAACUGCAGGAGAAGAGGGAGAGACGACGGAUACAGCAACAGGAGCUGAGAGAGAAGAAAGCACAGGAGGUGGACACCACCGUCCCGAACUAUGAGAUCCUGUAUAUGAUCAGAGACUUCCGUGCCAGUCUCGACUACCGGCCGCUGUCCACCGCAGACCUGAUUGAAGAGCACAGAAUAUGUGUUUGUGUGAGGAAACGUCCACUCAACAAGAAAGAGCUGACUAUAAGGGACCUGGAUGUGAUCACCAUCCCCAGUAAGGAUGUGGUGAUGGUCCAUGAGCCCAAGCAGAAGGUGGACCUGACACGCUACCUGGAGAACCAGACCUUCCGCUUCGACUACGCCUUCGAUGACAGCACCACUAAUGAAAUGGUUUACAGGUUUACUGCCAGGCCUCUGGUGGAGACCAUCUUUGAGAGGGGCAUGGCCACGUGCUUCGCCUAUGGACAGACUGGUAGUGGCAAAACACAUACUAUGGGUGGAGAUUUUUCUGGAAAGAACCAGGAUUGUUCUAAAGGAAUUUACGCAUUAGCAGCUCGGGAUGUGUUUGUCAUGUUGAAGAAACCCUGCUACAGGAAGUUAGAUCUUCAGGUGUACGCAACUUUCUUUGAAAUCUACAGUGGAAAGGUGUUCGACCUGCUGAACGGUAAGGCUAAGCUCCGGGUGUUGGAAGAUGGGAAGCAGCAGGUGCAGGUGGUGGGGCUGCAUGAGAGAGACGUCAAAUGCACAGAGGACGUCCUCAAACUCAUAGAAGUGGGCAACAGCUGCAGAACGUCAGGUCAGACCUCGGCCAACGCCCACUCGUCCCGUAGCCAUGCAGUGUUCCAGAUCAUUCUAAGGAGGAAGGGGAAGAUGCACGGCAAGUUCUCCCUGAUCGACCUGGCGGGGAAUGAGAGGGGUGCCGACACGUCCAGCGCUGACCGCCAGACACGCCUGGAGGGAGCAGAGAUCAACAAGAGCCUGCUGGCAUUAAAGGAGUGCAUCAGGGCGCUGGGGCGGAACAAACCUCACACUCCGUUCAGGGCCAGCAAGCUCACCCAGGUCCUCCGAGACUCAUUCAUAGGGGAGAACUCCCGCACAUGCAUGAUAGCAACUAUCUCUCCUGGUAUGACGUCCUGUGAGAACACCCUCAACACGCUACGCUACGCUAACAGAGUAAAGGAGUUUGGGAUCAGUCCCUCAGACAUCCCCUUCUCCCAGGGCGGUGGAAGUCGCUCGGAGCUCUCGGAGCUCUCGGAGCUCUCGCCCACCUAUGAGUAUGAUGACUUUGCUACCUCUCCCAGCAGAGUGAAGGAGCUGACGGUGGACCCUAAUCAGGUGAUAGAGGGGGUCCGGCCCAACACCCAUGUAGUGGACCAGCUGGAUGAUGACUGGGACCACCUGGGCAGCUCCCCGCAGAGAGAUGACCUCAAACUGCUCUGUGAGCAGAACCUGGAGGAGGUGUCCCCCCAGCUCUUAACCUUCCAUGAGGCUGUCUCUCAGAUGGUGGAGAUGGAGGAACAGGUGCUGGAGGACCACAGAGCUGUCUUCCAGGAGUCUAUCCGGUGGCUGGAGGAUGAGAAGGUUCUGCUGGAGAUGACUGAGGAGGUAGACUAUGAUGUGGACUCUUACGCCACUCAGCUGGAGCAGAUCCUGGAUCAGAAGAUUGACAUCCUCACGGAGCUCAGAGAUAAAGUCAAGUCGUUCCGCUCGUCACUCCAGGAAGAAGAACAAGCCAGUAAGCAGAUCAAUCCUAAGAGGCCACGUGCCCUGCUGUAGACCAGGCCAGGGAGGGGUGUGUGGAGGGGCAGUGGCACAUACAGGAACAUAAACACUAGAUACACUAUAUAUACAAAAGUAUGGACACCCCUUCAAAUUAGUGGAUUUGGCUGUUUCAGCCACACCCGUUGCUAAAAGGUGUAUAAAAUCGAUCACACCGCCAUGCAAUCUCCAAAGACAAACAUUGGCAGUAGAAUGGCCUUACUGAAGCGCUCAAUGACUUUCAAUGUGGCACCGUCAUAGGAUGCCACCUUUUCCAACAAGUCAGCUUGUUAAAUUUCUACCCUGCUAGAGCUGCCCCGGUCAACUGUAAGUGCUGUUAUUGUGAAGCAUUUAGGAGCAGCAACGGCUCAGCCGCCAAGUGGUAGGACACAAGCUCACGGAACGGAACCGCAGAGUGCUGAAGCGUGUAAAAAUCAUCUGUCCUCAGUUCCAACACUCGCAACCGUGUUCCAAACGGCCUCUAGAAGCAACGUCAGUACUAGAACUGUUCGUCGGGAGCUUCAUGAAAUGGGUUUCCAUGGCCGAGCAGCCGCACACAAGCCGAAGAUCACCAUGGGCAAUGCCAAGCAUCGGCUGGAGUGGUGUUAAGCUCGCUGCCAUUGGACUCUGGAGUAUUGGAAACGUAUUCUCUGGAGUGAUGAAUCACGCUUCACCAUCUGGCAGUCCGACGAACGUAUCUGGGUUUGGCGGAUGCCAGGUGAACGCUACCUGCCCCAAUGCAUAGUGCCAACAGUAAAGUUUGGUGGAGGAGAAAUAAUGGUCUGGGGCUGUUUUUAGUGGUUCAGGCUAGGCCCCUUAGUUCCAGUGAAUUUUAACGCUACAGCAAACAAUGAUAUUUUAUACGAUUCUGUGCUUCCAACUUUGUGGCAACAGUUUGGGGAAGGCCCUUUCCUGUUUCAGCAUAACAAUGCCUCUGUGCACAAAGCGAGGUCCAUACAGAAAUAGUUUGUCGAGAUUGGUGUGGAAGAACUUGACUGGCCUGCACAGAGCCCUGACCUCAACCCCAUCGAACACCUUUGGGAUGAAUUGGAAUGCUGACUACGAGCCAGGCUUAAUUGUCCAACAUCAGUGCCCGACCUCACUAAUGCGCUUGUGGCUGAAUGGAAGCAAGUCCCCGCAGCAAUGUUCCAAUAUCUAGUGGAAAGCCUUCCCAGAAGAGUACAGGCUGUUAUCGCAGCAAAAGGGGACCAACUCCAUAUUAAUGCCCAUGAUUUUAGAAUGAGAUGUUCGACGAUCAGGUGUCCACAUACUUUUGGCCUUGUAGCGUACUUAGCACAGCUGUCUCACCCUGUCACAACCGCCUGUGAAAAGACAAAGGAAAGGACUCAUUCGUUUUCCAAUCAGGGUCACGGAUGUCACCAGAAAUAACGGGAGGGGAAUGCAACCUUCGAUCCCUUUUCUUUUGUUGCUGAUUUAAAAUUAUCUGUUUUUUUUUGCCCUGUUCUAUUUUAUUUAUUUACUUCUCUUUUUCGUAUUUCUUUAAAUUGAACGGCUGUCGACUUUGCUUCAUCAGAGACCUCUCCAUGUUGGUUGUGCUUUAGCGUUCUACGAUACCAGUGUUGUGGAUUCUGGUAGGUAUGACUGACAUGUAGACAUGUGCCACUCUGUAUGUUGGCCUCCAUCAUGCAUGUGGCUGGGUCACUCCUCAGUUAACACUGUACAGCAUAUAGAUGUUACUCUGUAGGUCCAGUCUUUCUUUUGCUUCUCUGAGUUUGAGAGGUGUCAAAUCAAGCUGUGCUUCUUCUCGUGUUGUCUUUCCUCCCUCUUGUAUCCAUGUUUUUUCCUCAAAGACCAGUCUAUAGUUUGAUUCAGUUUUGUGUUCAUGUUUUGUGGCGACCCCAGUUUUAAUUUGUUACCCCUUUUACUUUUAUACUGUGAAGUCAUUUUUCACUCACUUUGUAAAAAAAUAAAAUUUGAACAAAAACCACUAACAAAUGUAUAGUAAAAACCACUGACCUACUACUGCGUAUGUUGCUCAGUGUUUGCACCAGAUGUAACAUUGGCUCAAUAAAGAAUCACCUGUUUUGAUUUGAACUUUGA